UUAAAAGCAUGAAUAAAGUUCUUAGUUAUAGGAAUAUAAAGUAUGUUUUUACUUUAAAAAUAAUGUAUGCAAGCUAAUAUUUAAGUCAGAAUAUUAUUUUAUUUAAAAUGUUCAUUGUAUACUCCCCACAGCUGUCUCAAGACAGUCCCUGCAGUCGCGUUUAGUCACUGAUCGGCUUUCAUUGCGCUCGCUCCUUUGUUUUUCUACCUGAUCUGUGCGAGAUGUCUCAACCCAAGCCGAUUUUGUACUAUGACGAUCGCAGUCCGCCGGUUCGCAGCUGUCUUAUGUUAAUUAAACUGCUGGAUAUCGAUGUGGAGCUUCGUUUUGUGGAUCUUUUCAAGGGCGAGCAAUUCCAGAAAGACUUCUUGGCGAUAAAUCCCCAGCAUAGCGUUCCUACUCUGGUCCAUGAUGAUCUCGUACUGACCGAUAGCCAUGCCAUACUCAUCCACCUGGCGGAAAAGUUCGACGAGGGUGGCAGUCUGUGGCCCAAGGAGUAUGUCCCACGAAUGAAAGUCCUGAACCUCCUGCUCUUCGAGUGCUCCUUUCUGUUCCGUCGCGAUAGUGAUUUUAUGUCUGCUAUUGUUCGCCAGGGAUUCGCCCAUGUGGAUGUGGCUCACCAUGAACGCAAGCUGACCGAGGCAUAUGGCAUCAUGGAGGGCUACCUGGAAAAGAGCAACUACAUGGCCGGGGAGCAGCUGACGCUCGCCGACUUCUCCCUGGUGACCACAUUGAGCACCGUCAAUCUCAUGUUUCCGCUGACGCGAUUUCCACGUCUGCAGCAUUGGUUCACCGCGAUGCAGCAGCUGGAUGCCUACGAAGCCAACUGCAGCGGGCUUGAGAAGCUGCGGCAGACGAUGGAGGCCAUAGGCAACUUUCAGUUUCCCUCAUCCUCAUCCUCCUCAUCUGUGGGGGAAGUUGGACCCUAAGCUCUUGAUGGUUAUUAAAUCGUGUGUUUAAUUUAGAUGCAGGCUAUGGUUUGGUAUUGGUAAUUAAAUUUUUGCUGUGAUGGUGAAGGGAAUUGAUUUAAAGUUGGUCUUAAAUCUUUUAAAAAUAAAUAUAUUCUUUAGCACUUAACACUUAAACCUAUACCUUCCUUUUAGUUUUAAGUUCU